AGGAGCCAUCAACAUCACCGUUAGACAGGCAAAAACGUUGACGCCAGCGCCAGACAAGAGAGCCAAGGUUCCUGCCCCCAGUUAACCCGUUCGAUUGGAUAAUCCCUGCAGAUCUGUAAAGGCGAAAAACGAAAAACGGCUACCAAUAGCUCAGAUUUCCACCCAGACGACAACAGCAUGUCCUAGUGAAGUCCUAGCAGAGGCGAGGAGAGACAGGCAGCGAGGGGGAGGAAGAGGGAGAGAGAGAGCGAGGGACACUUGGAGGAGCACAAUGGCCUCCGGCGAUGGCGACACCAUCAACACCAUCGACAUGGACAGCUCCUCGACGUCGCAGGCCAAGCAGGUGGAUCCCAGCAAUGCCUCCAACGACCAUGUGGGCAACAACUCAUCGCCUGAGCUGGGCAGUCGGCCGUUACGUGCGGGUAACAACAAGUCGGACAAGGAGCGGAAGAUUGGCCACAGACGAGUCGGUGAGGGCGGCGAGAUUACGUACAAGAAGAUACAGACGUCGCAGAUCAUGGGCUCCAUUCAGUUGGGAAUUCAACACACUGUCGGCAGUCUUGCCUCAAAGCCCAAGCGGGACUUACUUAUGAUGGACUUCUGGGAGAUCGAGAGCAUCACCUUUCCGCCAGAGGGAUCUAGCCUUACACCUGCCCACCACUACAGCGAGUUCAGAUAUAAGAUCUACGCGCCCAUCGCUUUCCGCUACUUUCGGGAUCUGUUUGGCAUCCAACCAGAUGAUUUUAUGAUGUCCAUGUGCACGUCCCCGUUGCGGGAACUGUCCAAUCCUGGUGCUUCCGGUUCAAUAUUCUACCUAACGGACGACGACGAGUUCAUCAUCAAGACGGUGCAACACAAGGAGGGUGAAUUCUUACAGAAACUACUGCCUGGUUACUAUAUGAAUCUAAAUCAAAAUCCGCGCACUCUGUUGCCAAAGUUCUUCGGAUUGUACUGCCUGCAGACGAGCAACGCCAAAAAUAUUCGCCUGGUGGUCAUGAACAAUCUGCUGCCCUCGUCCGUGAAGAUGCACCUGAAGUACGAUCUCAAGGGGUCCACCUUCAAGCGGAAGGCCAACAAGGCGGAGCGGGCCAAGAAAUCGCCCACGUACAAGGACCUUGACUUCAUGGAACAGCAUCCCAAUGGCAUAUUCCUGGAGGCCGAGACGUACUCGGCGCUGAUCAAGACCAUUCAGCGCGACUGCACGGUACUGGAGUCCUUCAAGAUCAUGGAUUACUCGUUGCUCCUGGGCGUUCACAACCUGGACAUUGCACUGAAGGAGAAGCAGAGUGAGCACAGGAAGCCGGUGAGGGCGCCGCUGGCCGAGGACUCCGAUGUGGAUGUGGACGAACCGCUGGACGGAUUGGAGGGCGAUGGCAAAGAUCGUGACACGGCCACGGGCAUAAGCAGGAAUAAUAUGGCUUACAGGUCUGUCAAUCGCCAGCGACUGGUGGCCCAUUCCACGGCCAUGGAGAGCAUUCAGGCGGAGAGUGAGCCCAUCGAUGACGAGGAGGAUGUGCCACCUGGCGGUAUUCCAGCUAGGAGUGAGAAGGGCGAACGCCUGCUCCUCUACAUCGGCAUCAUAGACAUUCUGCAAUCCUACAGGCUGAAAAAGAAGCUGGAGCACACAUUCAAAAGCAUCAUACACGAUGGGGAAACCGUUUCGGUGUGCCGUCCCUCGUUCUAUGCUCAAAGAUUCCAAAACUUUAUGGCCAAGACCGUGUUCCGCAAGAUACCCUCCCUGGAUCUCCCCGAGAUCAAGGGGAAUCACAGAAAAUUUCGUACCUUGGUAACCAGCUAUAUAGCGCUUAAGCAUUCGCCCUCGAAGAGAAAAAGCCUGUCAAAGGCCAUACAGCGCUCCAUUGACAGCGAAAACGAGGCGGUCACGAGGCCGGUUCACACCUCCCAUUCGCACAGCAGUGGCAAAAUCCACCAGCCAGCGAAGCCGCCCACCACGGAGCCCACGCCAGCGGGUGCGGUGGGAGGAGCAGGUGCAUCUGCUGCAGGCUCGGCUAGCGGCAGUGCCGCCAAUGAGCGGGCUCCACCACCCGUCAAGCAACGCACUUCGGCGGCCAGCAACCUGAAGGCAAGGGUUCCACCGCCAGUUCCGCCGCGUGGCUCACCGCGACGCAAGGAUGCCCAGGAUCGCUCGACGCCAGGCACAACGCCAUCAUGCAGCUCGACUCCUCCCCCCGCCUUUGACGACAUCUCCGAGGACAGCUCGAACAAGAACAGCACCAGCACCUCGUCGAUGGGUCGCCGGUCCCACCAUCAUCACCACCACCAUCACCAGCAAUCGCAGUCGCAGACGCAGCAGCAGUCGUACUAUCUGGACCGUAAGAUGAACAUUGGACCGGCCUACCGAGGCUCCUACAAAGAGGACAUCGUCAGCGUCUCGGAAGUUCACCUGGACACACUGCUGGCGGUGGACACGUCAUCGAGCAGCCAGUACGGAUCCCGCGGGGGAUUGGCCUGGACACCGCCCGCUUCAGGUGAGGGCUCCACUCCCACAUGGACAGAGGGCACACCCAGUUUUACGGACUCCAGUUCGAGUGGUGAUCUCGACAACUUCUCGCCCAUAAACUCAUCUAAAAUCGAUCGACACAAGCCGACGGUGGAAGAUGCCAUCAACUCUCUGUCCGCGGGAAUGGUAAAUAUCGGAGAUCAACUAACAUAGCAUGUGAUGUGAUGACAGGACACAAGACACACCAAUCCAGAUUCAUCGCGAUGUGAACAGAGUCUCGGGCUCGUACAUACCGACAAUGCUUGCGUGUUCAGGCGCACUUGUAUAGCUAGGAUAUAAUCAAAAAGGCGCCCCCACGUAGAACAGAGUACCCGUACCCCCAUGCCACGUCCACGUCCACGACCACACCCACACCUGCCCAACCCUUCCAGCGGACACCGGGUGAAAACAAUCCAACCAAGUCAGAGCUCGCAAUAUUACACACAAGCAUAUACUCCCCCAUAUACAGAGAACUCAAAAAGCAUUAAGAAUACAAUAAAUGGCAAAUCAAAUACGAGUAAAGUACGCAGGAUGGCAUCCAGUUGGAGUUCCGAGAUCCGCUAUCCUGUAAUCCCGUACCCCUACUAUAUACGUUCAGUGUACACGGUGUAAAGAGUUCGUUAUGCGUUGAGAUCAGAUUAUAUAUAUAUACGAAAAUAUACAUACAUUACACUGAAAUUAAUAAACGUUUUUGCGAUACUUUCGAUCUCCGAUAUAUCCACAUAAGUACGUAUUAUGUAUACCUAUGUAUAAUCAGCAAUCGCGAUAAUUACAAUAUUGUUGUAAAAUAUUUCAAUUUACAAGGAGCCAGACGACGAGAUGAAGAAAAAACAAACAAACAAACCAAGAGCAAAAUUAUAUACAUAUUAUAUAUUCAUCUGUAUUUAUUAACGAUAAAUGUAACGCGCUUAGGUUAACUCCACACAAAAAAACAGAACAGAACCGAACUGGGACGUACAUGAGAUAUUACUUAAAACCAACAGACCGACACGGACACUCGACCACUUGCGACGCAUACAAGAUGAAAGAAUUGAUUAUUUAUUAAUUAGUUGAAUGUUAUUUAACUUAUAUGCAUUAUUCUAAAGAUUACUGAAAUCCAAUUGUAAUUACAAUAAAUUAAAUUGCAAGGU